GAGAAACGUGGACCAACUGGUCUGGAACCUAUGCUCUUCCACCAGUAGAUGGCGCCAGACCACCUGCUGGUCCUCACGUCAUAAUAAUAAUGAUAAUAAUAAUGUGGUCUGUACGUAAUUUCUUCAUGGCGGCAACUCGGAACUAAGUUACAACGGAACACUGUUCCUUCCUGCGCAGCUAUUUCCAGAACCGGGUCCCGGACGGUUCCGGGGCGGACGGAUGAUGGCGCUGUACGCGCAGCGCAGUUGGUGGCGCUUUGCUGAACACGCACGUCUGCGGACUGCUGUCACUGUGCGUCAUGAUGUGAGUGACGGUGCAACAGUUCCACGGUGAUCGGGAGGCGGCGCGUGAACGUGGGUUCUGGUCCAGAGAAGAACACACUCUGAGCACCGGCUGUUUCUACUGGAGCUCGUCGUACGUGCGGUUUGUUGGACGCGGCCGUUCCUCCGUCUUGAUGCGUGUUGACGCGCGUCCCGCACGCAGCGCAGCGUGCUGAUGCCGCGGGUGAAGCCUCGGCUCUACGUGCGAGCUGGAAACGCGCGUCACGUCUCCGUGAACCGCAGCACAGACGCCGCGUCCGGAGCGCCUCAUUCCUGCUCUGCCACUGCCGCUCGGCUGCCGCUCGGCUGCCGCACGCGGCGGACACCGGACCGUCGCCUUUCUUCCGCUCCUAAGUUUGCGGCGCAGAGAAACACGCAUCUUAUUUUAACGGGGGCUGAGAGACGCUUCGCAAUGAUCUGAGCGUGUUCCUACACGCACAACGUCGGAACCGUCGUGUUAGUGUCGGUUCCUCAAACUGGAUCAGGGUCAUCUCUAUUUUGGUUCAAACCCAUCGCACCUCUGGGUUCAGCAUUUGCAGCCUCUCGCCCUGAGCUCGCGCUACUUCGUGCUCUUCGCGUCUAGAAGCAUCUGCGGGGCCUGAGUUAAGUCUUUGCGGGAUCAGGAGAUGGACGCGCACACUGCGCCACGCGUCCGCCCCACGCGUCCGCUCCACGGGCUGUGAACCGUCACAUGUUCUGUUUUGAACAACUUUCUGCUCCGCUUCGGCCUCCGACGGGUCCGCUUCUGUCUGUGAAGCGGAGUUGGGUUCCGCUCCUGCUCCUCCUCCCUGGGACCCAGGACUCCCAUGAAGCCACGCGGCGGGUGAGCUGACUUUCUGGGGGAUUUACGCUUUCCACAGCGGGACAUGAUGUGGACGCCGACGGAGGACGAGAAGAUGGGAGUGGUGAUCUGCAGCUUCCGGGGCUCCGUGACGCAGGCUUUGGCUCUGGAAGUGGGAGAGACUGUGCAGAUUCUGGAGAAAUGUGAAGGAUGGUUCAGAGGAUUCUCAACACGGAAGCCCAGCAUCAAGGGAGUUUUCCCCACCAGCUACAUCCACCUGAAGAAAGCCGUUGUCACCAACCGAGGGCCACACGAGGCCGUGGUUCCUCUGGAGGACCCCAUCGUUACCGAGGUGACGUCCACGCUGCAGGAGUGGGCGCCGCUGUGGAAGCAGCUCUAUGUGAAACACAAGGUCGAUCUGUUCUACAAGGUUCGCCACGUGAUGCUGGAGCUGAUGGACCUGAGGAGGCAGCUCCUGUCGGGUCACCUGACGCAGGACCAGAGCCGAGACGUCAAGAGACACAUCACCGUCCGCCUGGACUGGGGCAACGAACAUCUGGGUCUGGAUCUGGUGCCAAGAAAAGAGUUUGAGACGGUGGACGAGGACCGGAUCAGCGUUUCGGAUCUUUACAAGAUGCAUCUGUCCAGCAGACACAGCGUCCAGCAGAGCAGCACGCAGGGCGACAGCAUCCGCAGACACGCGGAGCCCUGCAGGGUUCCAGUCCCACACCACCUGCUGGUCAACCUGAAGAGCUUCACCUACAGCAGCAUCGGGGAGGACACGGACAUCUUCUUCUCUCUGUACGACCUGAGGGAGGCGAAGACCAUCAGUGAGAAGUUCAUGGUGAGACUGAACAAGAACGGAGGCCCGAGGAACCCGGAGAAGGUGGACCGGCUCUGUGCUCUGUUCACGGACCUGAGCAACAAAGACAUGAAGCGAGACUUGUACAUCGUGUCCCAGGUCAUCAGAACCGGUCGCAUGCUGCUGAACGACAGUAAGAAGGGCCCGCCUCAGGUCCAGUACCGCCGGCCGUACGGCUGCGCUGUUCUGGCCAUGAGCGACGUGCUGCAGACCAUCGCGGAGCUGAAGGAGGAGAAGGACUUCAGCCUCAAGGUUUACACGUGUAACAACGAGAACGAGUGGUACCAGAUCCACGAGAACAUCAUCCGCAAGUCCAGCACCAAGUACACGGCUCCCAGCACCAACUACGGUACGACCCAGGGUGUGUGUGUGUGUGUGUGUUCUCCCCUGCAUCCCAUACCUGCCUCGCCCACCAGUCCACAGUCCAUCCUGGAUGGUAGCAGCUCCACGCUGUCGGGCAGCGCCAGCUCUGGCGUCUCCUCCCUCAGUGACAGUAACUUCAGCGGCCUCCCCUCCUCCUCCGACCCCCCAGCGGACACGCUGGAGUCGGUCCCCAGCAGCCAGGCCUGCACCACAGACCAGGAGGACCUGGACUCUCCCUACCAGCCCGUGCGCUACAGCGCGUCUGAGCCCGACGUCCUGGACGGAGCCACGCCUCCUCCGUCCCGCAGCCACUCGGCUCCGGGAGGCGUCGCCCCGGCGCAGGCGGGGGGACAAAUCCAGCCCCCGGCUCCGGGUGCGGCCUCCGCUGGGGCUCAGCAGCAGCACUCGCUGCCUCCAGCCCAGCACCACUUCUACCAGCACCACUUCCUCCCCCACUACCUCCCCCACCACCCGCCGCUCUACCCCCUCCACCCGCCUCCCCCGGCUCUGCCCCCCAAGCCCUACCUCAGAGAGGGCUGCAUCCCUGAGGAGGACCCCCUCCACCCCCCGCCGGCACCUCCCGCUCCGCGGCCGAUGCCUCGGAGGAUCUCCCAGCCCAUAAUCACAGCCACUAAGGACGAGCAGGCUAAGGUGGCCUGGGAGCACGGCAUCGGGGAGGAGCGAGACGCCUGA